CUAUCGACAGUGUUAUCGAGACUCUAGCAUCUCUAUGCAGUUCUACUUACGCAUUUCGCGAAUUUAGGCGUCAAAUUGAAACAAAUAUUGUGGUCUCGAGCCGGCUGCCAGAGUCCAAACGUUGCUGCCAACUCGAAGCCCAGACCCUGCGCCAGCCGGGUCAUGUACGCCACCAACAAUGGCGGGACGAACAAGGCGCCAAACAGCAGUGGCACCUCCAUGUUUGACAACACCAUCACCGUGACCCCAAUCAAGGUGGAACUAAGCUCGGCCGUUGCCCAGGCCUACGCCGCUGGCAAAAACCAAGCAUCAACGGCAGGGACAGUGCAGCGAAGAACGCCCAAUGCAGUGGUGGUGACCACCACCACGACGGCACCCAACAACCAACAUCAGCAGCAGCAACAGCAACAGCACCAGCAAACCCUGCAGCUGACGGGAGCCGGAGGCGGCGGCACUGCCACCCUCACCUUGCCCAUGCAAGCCACUCUGGUCACCUCGAAUAAUGCCUCCUGCACCAUUGUCAAUCCCGGCGGCAGCACCACCAUGCCCAAGGAGAAGACAACAACGACGACGAAGGCGAGUCGGGCUCAGGUGGCGCGAAAACCGCCGCCCACAAUUGACAAUUUCUGGCCCAACAUUGUGAGCGAAGUCCAUGGCAUUGGCCAGGUGGAUGCCAAGCAUCAGGUGCUGCCUUUGGCGCGCAUCAAGAAGAUCAUGAAGCUGGACGAGAAUGCCAAGAUGAUAGCCGGCGAGGCUCCGCUGCUGUUUGCCAAGGCCUGCGAGUACUUCAUCCAGGAGCUAACCAUGCACGCCUGGGUGCACACGGAGGAGAGUCGCCGGCGCACGCUGCAGCGUUCGGAUAUUGCCCAGGCGAUUGCCAAUUACGAUCAGUUUGAUUUUCUCAUUGACAUUGUGCCGCGCGAGGAGAUCAAACCCUCGUCAUCGUCGUCGGCGGCGUCAGGGUCCUCCUCAGCGGCGGCGGCGGCUGGGCAGAAGCAGGGCAAGGAUGGCGGCAGCACCAUGACCGGAUCUGUAGCCAAUUCUGGAUCAUCGGUGGCCUCAAACGCAGGCAGCUCGAAUGCCACGGGCAACUUUGUAGCCAAUGUACCUGCAGCCGCCAAGCUGGACGCUGUUCCUGGCACCACCACCACCAGUGCCGGCGAGGUGCUUAGCUUCAGUCCUGUGAAUCCGGACAUAUUCUCCGCUCAACUGCAGCAGCAGCAACAACAGCAGCAGCAGCAGCACCAUCAUCAUCCCCAGCAGGUGCAGAUUAUUCAGCAGGCUGGCCAUCCUGGUGGCCAGCAGCUGCAGUAUUUUAUAGCCCUGCCCGGCCAGCAGGCGGCCCAGUUGGUGCAGCAACAGCAGCAGCAGCCUCAGGCUGCCCAGAAUCAUCUGGCCAACAGUCUGGGCCUGAAUAUAGUCACCGCCCAGCAGCAGCAGCAGCCCACCCAGCAGUUGAUCCUCACCGCCGGUCCCAAUGGCCAGCUGACAGCCACACCCGCGCCACAGCAGCAGCAGCAGCAGCAACAACAGCAGGCGGCCCUGCUCCAGAAUCUCGCCCAGCAGCAGCAGCAGCAGCAAGCGCAACAGCAGCAGAUACAGCUUAUCCAGCAGGUGGUGACGCCCUCAGGCGAGCUGACCAAUGUUCCGAUUGCCAUCAAUGCCAAUCACUUGCAUUUGCUGCGCCUGCAGAUGCAACAGCAGCAGCAGCAACAGCAACAACAGCAGCAGCAACAGCAGGUGAUUAUACCCACCCAGCUGCUGACGGCUCAGCAGAUAUUGCAGCUGGGAGGAGCCACCGCUCAGCAGCAGCAGCAGCAAGUCCAGGUGCAGGUUCAGCAUCAACAGCAGCAGCAGCAGCAACAGCAUGUCAAUGCCACAGCCACGCCUAUUUUCAUCAACUCAAGCCAGGCGGCAACGCAACAACAGCAGCAAGCGCAGCAACAGCAGGCGCAAACGAUAAGCAGUUUGUCUGGGGAACGCGGCGGUUUCCGAUGAAGUCAGGACAACAUAUCGAAGCAUCGGGAGGCGCACCACCAGCAACAUGUAUAAAAUAUUUCUUAGUUAAUAAUUUAAAGUAGUUUGUAGCAGUGUAUAUCGGGGCAAAGAAUUUACACUUCAGUUCCGCCAGGAUUCCUUAAGGAAUCCCCCCACGAAUCCUUCAGAAAUUUUCAUACAAGCAACGUUCAAAAUUCCUUGGGAAUUUCAUAAGUUAAUCCUGCAGGAAUCCAGCCGGAAUCCUUGAGUAAUCUUGGAACUGAAGGGUAUAUAUUUUUAGGUAUAUAUGUAGCCAAGUAAGUGUAGAAAAGAUAUCUCAAGAAAGCUGUAAUUUAUUGCCGAAAGAAAGCCCCCAAAACACCCACCUUAUCCUUCACACUUUUUAAACAAAAAUCUAGAGAUUUAGAGAGAGAGAGAGAGUCCUGGAAGUCCAGGAAGUCAUCCGUUUAUUAUUGUAUUUGUAUUUGUAUUUCCAACUAGACGUAAGCCUCUGAUAACAAUUAUAAAGCCAAUCCACAA